GCCCUUUGGGGUUUUAAGUACAGGCUAAUUUCACUGAAAGUUUCCUGUCACAGGUGUGACUGUACAUUUUUUCACUAAAGCCUCCAGGGGUGAAAUUGGUUGGGUCCUUCCUGCUCAGCAAACAACAGGAGUCAUUUUUAGGAAAGGAAACACCCCCUUGCUGCUGCAGGCGGGGCAUAGUGUGAAUUCAGGAAAUUGGAACUAAGCCUGUUACAAACUGCUCAGAGGGAGCCAUGGCUGCAGAGAACCCCGUGGAAAGUCUCCAGGAGGAAGCUACAUGUCCCGUUUGUCUGGAGUAUUUCACAGAACCUGUCACUCUGGAGUGUGGGCACAAUUUCUGCCGAGCCUGCAUCAGCCAGUGCUGGGAGGGAUCCGAUACAGCUGCCUCCUGCCCUCAGUGCAGAGAAACUGUGCAACAGAGAAACCUCAGGCCCAACAGGCAGCUGGCAAAUAUGGUAGAAAUCGCCAAGCGGCUGAAUUUACAAGCAGCACAGGGAGCAGGAGGGGAUGGGGUGUGUGGGGAACACCAGGAGGCUCUGAAACUGUUCUGUGAAGAGGAUGAAACCCCCAUCUGUGUGGUGUGCGACAGAUCCCGGGCUCACCGUGCUCACACGGUGAUUCCCAUACAGGAGGCUGCCCAGGAGCACAAGACCCCAGAUGAGAUCUGAUAUCAAUUGUGGAGGACCUUACACAAAACCCAGG